AUGAAGCGAAAUUAUUAUGCUGCAUAUAUUAUACUCUUCCUAAUGACAUCACAAAUUAAUUUCAUGGAUGUCUACGCCUAAAUUUAAUGCUUUGAUAAAUACCCAAGAAGUUUUGGAGAUGCUACAAAAGAUUCAUUUUAUUCUGGAUUCGACAUUGAUAAUUCACAAAAUAUAAUAGUUGGAGGCGUAAUUUCCUCAACUGCACUUGACACAAAUAGCUUGAAAUAUCCUUUUUUAGUUUAUUAUUCUACUGACUGGACUAAGGAAUUCGCAUUUGCUUUUGGCGAAUUAUAUAAUAUGGAGGUUAGUCUAAUUAAAUUCAGAAAAGCUCCAAUUAUAUCUUACUUAGAAACUCUUAAAAUAGAUUACUUUUUCAAGGAUAAAACGCUGAAACCAGGUGGAACAAUCGGGGAUAUUAAGUCUGUGUUUAACUAAAAUGUUGUCUUUUCAACAGAUGGCUCUAUCUAUAUGACAUUUUUUAAGGGAUCAAAUAAGUAAGUUGUAGUCUUAAAGAUUUCACUUUCCUCGAAUCCAACUUUCAAUUCUAUUUGGGCUUUUCAAGAAGGUAAUUCAGUGAGUUCUGAUGUUUCUUAAGGCUUUCACCUAUCACUAGAUUAAAGUUAGUCUAUUAUAUAUAUUGGCGCUAGAUACAGUUUUUAUGAAUCUGCAAACUGGGCAACACCUUACUCAAUAUAUUAAGUUAUUCACAAGAUUUCUGUUUAGGAAGGGAUAUAAAGAUGGGCAUAUGGCUUUAAGUUCAAUCAUGAGGUAGCAAUAGAUUCUGCUAGAGUUAAGAAUGCUGACUAAUAUAUUUUUGCUUGUGGAUGGAUUUAUGAUGCUGUCUCUCCUGUUCUGUUAAAAACUUAAUUGUUUUUCUUGAAAUUCUCAAUUGGAUCCAAUGCUCCUACUGAUUAAGGACUGUUUUCAUAGAAUAUUUUCUUGAAAUGUGAGGACCUAUUUAUUGUCUCUGAAUUAGAGGUUUAUGUUUUGUCCUUGCAUCCAGUCACAAAAUAGGCUAUUUUUUAAAGAUACUUCAAUAUUGAUUAUCUCGGAUAAAAAGCAUAGAUGGAAAAGAAAACUUUUGAGUAUUAAUUCUAAUCUACAAUUUUCGAAGCAAAAAUCCUGAAUUAAAAUAAGUAUAUUUUCGUGGGUAGCUAAAUAAACCCAAGAUUAUCAAUUAGCAAUAAAGAAGGAUUUAUAAUUUCAAAUGACAUGAGUGAAAUUUGUCUAUCUUCUAAUACACCAGAAGUCUUUGUGCCUCCAAUAUUUAUCAGCUUUACAAAGCCUUUACAAUCACUUAAUUUUCCGUUCCAAAGUAUCGAAUAUAAAUUCGAGACACUGCUUUUAGUGCCUAUUAGGCCUUUGGACAUGAUAUAGUAUAAAUCUUAUACAAGCGCUGUAUGUAAUCCUAAAUGUAAUCUUGUAACUCUUAAUGGUCAAACUAAUCAUUCUUAUACUCAUGUUAUUGAAGAUGGAGAUUUUAAUCUCGAUUCUGAAGCUUAUUUUCUUGGAGAUAAAGAUUGCAAUGAUAAAUACAGAGUCUAUAGUUUAGCCAACUAGUUGAUCACUGUGAACUGUACACUGCCUGAUGGAUAGCAAUUAUCUGUAACUCUCAAUAUAGUAGUAGUUCUAUGCGCCUCCAACUAGUAUGCUUUAUAAUUUCCUAAUGGUCUCUAUGUCUAUCAAAUAGCUGAUCCCAUAUAAAACAUACCGAUUAUUCCAUGGGAAUAAUCAUAUUAGGUUUGUGAUUAGCCUAUAAGGGAAAUAAUCUACACAUCUCAAAUUACUCCAAAUCCUCCUUAAGUUAUUAGCCUUAAUCCUACAUAUUCACAAAUUGAGAUUUAUACUACAGAUUUAGUCAAUGUAGGAGUAUAUGAUUUUCAAAUAAAAUACACAAAUCCUCUAAAUUCAGCUGUUUACUCAAUUAAAGACUUUAGCUUAGAAAUUAAAUGUACAGCAGUUGUUACUAAGCACUUUAACGGAGCAAAUAAUAAUUUUUAUUACAAUUUAGAAGAUCCAACACUAAUUGUGGAUUUUUCGACUUCAUUGUAUUACACAAAUAACUGUGGCUACUAUUAUAUAAUUACUUCAUUUGUAGACGGUGGCUCUGCUUUACCUAACUAUAUCAGUUUUUAGAAUGAUUAACUAAGAUAUACAUUGCAAACAAGUGAUACUACUUAGGUUGGUUCCUAAUACAAAAUAUUUAUUCAGGCAAAAGCAACGAAUGAUUUAUUAUGGGUGGUUGACAAUUCUUUCGAGUGGUAUCUUAAUAUAUUGCCUAGUAGAAUAAUAAAGAAUAUAAAUUUAUUCAAACCCACUUUUGCAAUAAAACUUCAAGAUUUAACAGUUGAAGAGGAUUAGAUAACAGAAUACACUCUACCUGAUUAUUUCGAUUCUGACUUAGAUUAGGUAACUAUGGAAGUUGAUAUUAAAAAAGCCUUUUAAUUUGUCGAACAGAGGGAAAAAAUACUUAGAAUUCAGCCAAAAGUAGCUAAUAUUGGAAGCUAUAAGAUUGAUAUAAAUUUAAAGGAUAGUGGGUCACCAUCAUUAAGCAAUUAUUAUAGUUUCACUAUUAAAGUAAUUGCUAAGAAUCAGCCUGCCUAGCAAUAAUAAAAUUCAUCUACAAAUACAAACGACAGUAGCCAAUCGACAGAUCCAAGUAGUGAUUGGUCCAGUUAUGACUUUUUUCAAAAUUAAACUUUAUCCAAUUCCAAUGCAACUCAAUAAAAAUCUAAAAAAAUAAUUGAUUUUCAAGCAAAAAUUAUGAGAGCAACAUUAGACGGAAAAAUAUACUUGAAAUUCAAUCAGGAUGCUACGUUUACAAAAUUUGAAUCAGAUAAAUUACCCCCAAAAGAACUUCUUAAAUGGUCUAUUGAAUCUUAUUCAUAAAGAGUAGCUUAGAUUAAACUAGAAUUCAACAACCCAGAACUCAUUUCAGAAAGAUAGAAUUUAGGUAAUCAAGUUUAGUCCUCAAUGUAAGCAGCUAUAUACUCUAGUCUGAUCAUUCAAUUCUUUUUGUAACAAGUGCUGUCUUUACUCUGGGGUACAAUAAACAACCUUUAACUAAUAUCACAUUUGCCUCUUUUUUCCGUAUAUUUCCCAGCAAACGCUUAUUACUUGAUAACAUUUCUAGUUGACUUAGCUAACAUGAAGCUGAUUCCUGACUUUGAUUUCCUCAAUCAAAUCCCUUUAAUAAGUAGCUCAGAUGAGAUAUCUUCAAAUGAAUAUGAAUUGAAUAUGUAUUUCUAGCUACUAGGCUAUGAAAGUAUUUACAUAAUGAUUAUCAUGAAGAGUUUCUUUAUCUUAACAAUCAUUGGAGUAAUAGCUAUUGGAAUCGAUAAAAUGCUAAUUAAUCUUUGCGAUAUCGAUUUAAAUUAUCCUAGCAACAGUGAAAAAACUUUUAUUAAAAGAAAGGCUUUUGAAUUUUAUAAGAACUUCCAAAUGAAAUUUUAUUAUAGUUGGUUUUUCAGAAUAGCUAUUGAAAACUAUUUUUAAUGUGCAAUUAUGAUAUGCGCUUCAUACAUUGUAAUAUUUUACUUGAUAAGAACAAAGCCUUUGGAAAAGUCAUUUUAAUUGCAAAUAGAUUUGUUCAAUGAAUUUACAUUCUUAUCAUGCCUCUAUAUGUGCUUUGUAUUUACUGAUAUUGUUGGUGACUCUUAAUCUUAGAUAAACGUAGGCUGGACAUUUUCCUUAGUGAUUUGUUUUAAUAUUUUUGUGAAUUUUCUUAUUAUGCUAAUCAUUGUGAUUUCAAGUUUAGUAGAUUUUAUUAGACUGAUCCUCAAAAAGCGAAAAUUAAAAAAUGAUCUUUCAAAAACUGUCAUAAUAAGUUAAGAUACAAAUGCUAUUGAGGAGGUAGAUACAAAUAUUACAAUGCUUAAUAAAUCAGGAAAAUCAAUGAAACAAUACUAGAUUUAAGAUAUAGUUACUCUAGACAGAUUCUCUGCAAAGUAAAGAAAUCUUCUAAAUGCUGUCAAAAAAUAAUAGGAGGGUAUUAGAAUUAGAAAUGAAAUUGUAUUGAUGAGUGAAACUAGUGAUCAUUUAGAUGCCUAAACUUAAGCAAUAUAAAAUCAAAACUAUCAGAAUAAUGAACAUAAUCUAAAUAAUGAUUCAAAUAGGAAAAUAUUGAGAAAUCUAUAGAGUGAUUUCUAAGCCAUAGUCUCCGAAUCAUAUCAAAGAAAAACUUACAUAGUAAAAGCUUAAAAUAGACAAGUUACAUCCCCAAGAGUAGCUGCUUAUGAUUGCAGACUGCUAGAUCUAAACUUUGGCGACGGAAAUUAUUUAGUUAUAGACACUUAAUCUGAACUGAGAGCAGGUUGGGAUUUUGAGUAGACUUAUGACCUCUACAAUGGACAGACCUAUAAAUAUUGGGGGACGAGAUUAAACAUUUAUGCUGAACCAUCAUUUCAACUGCAUCCAGAGUUUAAUUUAGAAAAGGCUUAUUUUGGCGAGAUCACAGCUGAUUUGACAUAGUUUAGAGCAAAUGCUUACGCUGAAAUCAAUUACUUCGUCAAUAAUAAAAAUGUGUGUGUGAAUAUUGGAUGGAACGUUGAUGAUGAAAUCAAAUUUACAGUUGAGACGUCGAUGAACUUUCAAGAUUGCUAUAAAGUAAUUCUUGAAUCUCUUUGCAACUUUGAUAACUUCAGUAAUAAGAAGAUCUUAGAUGCUUGUGUAGAUAGUAACGAUGAGCAAGUUACUUUUUAUACUUACAAUCCAAUUACCUCUAAAACUGACAAGAUUUGGCUUGGAGCUAAUUCAAACACAGUUGGAGGAAAACUUUGCUAUUAGUUGCCAUUCUAAUCAACUGCUUGGGGCUUUAUAUUCUCGUAGGCGAUAAAUUUCUUGCUCGAAAAUAGUGCCUAAACUAAUCAAUAUGAAUGA